AUGGCAGGAAGCGAUGUUGUGGUGCUGAAGGAGUUCUUAUGUUUGUUGAUCCAGGUGAAGUUUAUAGAGAUUUACUCAUCAGAGAAAGAUGACAGAACGAUACAACAUGGUCUUCUACCCAUUCAAAGUCCCCAGCAUGGGCACUAUACUGUGGUGGUUAAGAAUGAUGAUGCUAACCAAGUCCUGAAAUGCCUGGACCAGCUGAAAUGCCACUUUACAUGGGAGCUAGCAAUUGGAAAGGCUGAAAUAUCAGAUUUAGAAAGCAGAAUUUUGGAAGAGAUUGAAUUCCUGGACACCAAGUACAAUGUGGGAAUUCGCAACCUACAGGCCUACGUGGAACACCUCAAGGGCCACAAUGACAAAGCUCUAAAGAGCCUGGAAGAUGCUGAAAGGCUGAUCCAAAAAGAACAUGCUGACCAGUCUGACAUGAAAAGCCUGGUGACCUGGGGCAACUAUGCCUGGGUGUGUUACCACUUGGGAAGGUUGGCAGAUGCCAGGAUGUACCUGGACAAAGUAGAAAACACUUGCAAGAAGCUUUUGAGUCCCUUCCGCUUUCAGAUGGCAUGCCCUGAGGUGGACUGUGAGGAAGGAUGGGCCUUGCUGAAGUGUGGAGGAAAGCAUUGUGAGCGGGCUUUAAAAUGCUUUCAAAGUGCCUUGGAAAUGGAGCCUGAAAACCCUGAGUUCAACACUGGGUAUGCCAUCACCGCCUAUCGCCUGGAGAACUCUAACAGGUACAAGAAUGAGAGAGUGUCCUCCCUGGACUCCCUGCGAAAGGCUGUGAGGCUGAAUCCUGAAGAUGCAUACAUCAAGGUCCUCCUUGCUCUGAGACUUCAGGAUGAAGGGCAGGAGAAGGAAGGGAAGAAAUACAUUGAAGAAGUUCUGAACCUCAAAUCCUCCCAGAUGUACAUUUUUCGCUAUGUAGCCAUGUUUUAUCGAAAAGCACGCUGCAUGGAUAAAGCCAUUGAACUCCUUCAAAAGGCCUUGCAGGCAAUGCCCAACUCCACUGUCCUGAACCAUCAGAUAGGGCUUUGCUACAGAGACAAACUAGUCCAGAUAAAGGUAGCCACUAACAUGCAGCCUGUAGGCCGGGAUAGAGAGGAGAUUGACAGAUAUGCAGAAUUAGCCAUAUUGCAUUUUAAACUGGCUGUAAAACAAAAGCCCACAUUUGAUAUUGUUCUUCUACACCUGGCGCUUGUUUAUAUUGAAGUAGGAAAGUAUGACGAAGCUGAAGACAAUUUUAAGAAAUUGUUUUCCAUGACACCAAUUGAGGAAAGCACGCUACAAAAGGCACAUUUCUACUAUGGCAGAUUUCAGGGAUAUCAAAAGAAUUCAAUCACAGAUGCCAUUAAGCAUUAUUUAAAAGCAACACAAAUAGGAGAGCCAUCAUUUAUAACAGACCAAAGUAUUAAUUCUUUGAAGAAAUUGGCUUUAAGGAAACUUCAGAGAAAUGAAUUUGACAAGGAAGCCCUGAGCCUCCUAGAGUAUGUCCACAAACUGGAAGGGGAAGCGCAGGCAGCUGGGGGACACCACGAGCAGGCCUGA